AUGACUAUAGCGAUCGAAAACUCAUCAGGUAGUACCUACGUGAAGGAUAAGCUCGAUUUCAUGUUGGCAGCGCUCACCUAUGUUAUCAGCUCCGCGUGGCAGUCGACUAUUACCGACCGAACGCACCCCGUCGCUGAUUUCUCUCCCUUCCAACGCCUCCCCACCAGCUCGCCGCUGCCGGCCACCCAACGCAUCGUGUUGCCCCUUGGCUUCCCCGGUGCGCCGGCCACGAACCUCCCCUGGCUUAUUCGAGGGACUACCUUGCUCGCGUCAGUCCAGGACUCCUCGGUGCGCGCUCCUCCCCUUCGAGCCUCGAGAUCCACCGGUAGUGGCAGAGGCAGCGGACGGGAUUGCGGUCCGACAGUGGCCUAUGGAACGCCCCAGCUGGUGGCGGCGGCUUAUGGCGAGCUGCACGGACGAGCUGCUCCGGCGAAGCGAAAACGACUAGCCCCUGCUGCCCCAGCCUCGCCGCCGCAGACUGCCCCCAUCCCCAGCCGCAACGCUGAAGCUUUACUCGACGGGGCGGCGCAGGCGGAUGAAAUUGGCCAGAGUUGGGGAUCGAGAAGGAUGAACACAUCAAAGAAUAGGAUUGAAGGAUUGAGCGAUUGGAGGGUGGCGGCAGACGUGGUCCUCAAGGAGAAAGAAAUUUGGCUGGGCGGCAGUGCCGCACUGUCAUGGACGCGGCGUGGCCAUGGCACCAGCCGGUUCCUUCGUACUCACUGUACAGUUGCUGAAACUGUUUCAACUGAAGAUUAAAGUCUUGUAGCUGCAGGCUCGCUGUUCCAGAAAAUUAUACUAUUUCUGUUAGGUGUAGCUGCUGGUGUCGCAAAACUUGAUGCGCUUCCAAAGCUUGUUCCUUGCAGGUCGUUAGUUUGUAGCAAGAAUAUUCUGCUUGAGAGUUGGCUGGAUUGUGUUUGCUUUGUAUACACAUAGAGCUAUUCGAGUGAAUUACAUAAAACUACCACAAUUGCGGCAGUGGUAACGCGUCAGUACCAUUUUUGGAUUUUUUUGCUAAAAACUACAACUUCUGGGGUAAUACGUAACAGAUCGCGCAAACGUUGUCUCACCGUCAGCGCGUGCAUGGUUAUGACCGACCAGUCCACCAAUCACCAUUUUCCGCUCGAGCUGUUUCGUUUCCCGCUGAGAUGGAGGAGCCGACGAACCCCGACGGCGGCGGCAGCCACGGCGGCGGAGAGCAGGGCUGGUGGAGUGGAGUCUCCAGUGGAGGCGAAGGACAGGGCGGCGGAGGCCACAGAGUCGACGCCGGAAGCGGCGUAGAAGACCUGGAGGACCUGUGGCCGUCGCGGGCGUUCGCCGCCGGCCCAGCGGCGCAGCGCUACGCGACGCCCUGCAGCGCGCGAUGCCCUGCAGCAGCUCCUUGACGCCCACCGUGUGCCCCUGUUGCGGCUGGUGAUGCAGCUGCCGACGUCGAAGAGAGGGGAGAACGGGUUCGCCCCACGGGGGACAUGGGGCGCAGGAACUCCGGGUAAUCGAAGCCUGGCGACGCGAGCAGGAAAUCCUUCAUGAGAUCCAUCGCCGGCUUCAUCGCUCCGCGCCGGCGGCUGCGCCUUCAAGUCAACCAACAGCUGCGCGUCGGCGGCGGCUGCCAGCACCGCCGCGCCAGGCGCAACAAGCAGCGCCGCCACACGGGGAGGGGGAGAAUGGUCACCACGGCGUGGGCCGCGGCGAGGCAGGGGAGGCCGCGCCCGGCCUGAUGCGGCAGGAAGGUCACGCUCGGUGCUGCUCGGCCUGCAGCGCGGCGAGGCAGGCCUGCGCUCCACAGCUCCACCUCGUCGUCGACCACCGCGAGCCACCUCUGCCGCCACCCGAUUCCUGCAUCCGCGCCUAAGUCGUGCGCGCCCGCACCCGUGCGUGGCUGCUGCACAUCGGCUCCUCGCGCCACCGCCUUAGCCUCGCGUGUGUGGCACCAUCCGUCGCCGCCAUCAGCUUGCGGCCGAGCGCUCAGCCAUGCGCGCCGCCGCGCCUCAGCCAUGCUGGUUUAUUAUUAUUCUGCUCCUUGUAAACGACUUGAUGACGGCAGAACUGCGGCAGAACUGUGUUAGAAAAAAAACAAAAAAUAGUUCCCAGCCUAUUGCACUAAAUGAAUAUUUAUUAUACCAAAAUACAAUCCUAUUUCGCAAUACAUAUUUCCUACAAUGCUUUGUGUACGG